GGACUGUGUAAUUUGCCCAUUUACAUUGUAUACAUUUUAUAGAUCGGAUAUAGAUUAUGUUUACAGAAUUCGCUACAAAUUUGAAUUUCAGUAUAAUUCAUAAAUUUACUUCAUUUUAUGCGUGUGAAAUAUGAAAAGAAAAAGAAAAGAGAGUAAAAAAAAUAAAAAAUAAAAAAUAAAAAUUGAAAAAAUGAAAACAAAUAAAUAUUAUCAAUUCUGGUCUGGAGAACUGUAAAUUCGGAGUCUUUAAUCACCACUCUUAUAAGUUUCAAUUACGGUUUGAUAACUGAUUAAUUGUCAAGUACAAAAUGUAUUUAUAAAUGGAUGCUUCAUGCUUACUCGUACCACAACAGAAUUAGGCUGACUUCUCUUAUGCACAACUUUUUAUCUAAAAUGUUGGAUGAGUAUAUAUCAAUUUGCACAAUAAAUUCAUGGCAAGGCCAACUAGGUUUUGCAGUCAUUAAUUAUCCUUUCUUUUUUUUUUUUUCUUUUUUUUUUUUUUAGAUUGCAUUAUAUUUUAGAAUAGACCACUAACCCACGAUCCACACCAGCUUCUUCUAGUUCAACCCACUACCCCACGACCACUUGCUGUUGAAACAUCAGCCAUUAAUUAACCAAUAAAAAAUAUCUAAAAUUUUAAAUUUUACACCUCUUAUGUACAUAAAUUCCUUCUCUCUCUAUCUCACUGGCUCCCAUAUAUAUAUACACACUAAUAAACAUUUCUAUAUGAAACAAACCAUGGCUUCUGCAAAAAAGGCUCCCACCAAGUUCACUAAUACACCUUCAAUCCUCCAUCCACCCUACUUCCAUAUGAUAUGUGAAGCGAUAACGUCAUUGAAGCAUCGAAAGGGUUCAAGCCAGCCUGCCAUUGCAAAGGUCAUGAAAGACCAGUACCAGAAUCUGCUUCCACCAAAUUGCAAGAAGACACUGUCCGUUCAGUUGAAGAAGUUGGUGAAAUCGGGGAAACUAACGAAGAUCAAGAACUCCUACAAGAUCUCUGCUUCCGACAACGUGAAAGUGAUGGCUGCUGCUCCUGUCAAAAAAUCUCAGAAGAAGAAAGAUGUGUUGAAUGCGACGAAACCGAAUAGUAAGUCAUUCAAGAUCAAGAAAUCCCACAAGGUUUCUGCGUAUGAGGAGGUGAAAAUGGUGGCUGGUUCUUCUACAAGGGGGUCUCGUUACAAGAGUAGUGUGAGUGAGAAGGCUACAAAGAAGGUCGAGAAGAGCAAGAGGUUGAGUCAGAAGGUCAAGACAUCAAUGGCUUUAAAGAAGAAGCGAGAGGCUAAGAAGGGUAACAAGAAUGCGAAAAAGCAAGGGUAGGAGAAGAAGGUGUCUAUGCCAGUGAAGAGGAAGGCUUCCAAAACAUUGAAAACUUCGAGGGCUUAAUUUGUCAAUAAAGGCUAGGAAAUGAUCUGUGUCAUAUGGCUUUAUAUAUUCCUAAUAGGUUAUUAAGUGAAAAAUGAAAAUACUAUAAAUUGCAAUUGUAGGAAUUUUUUUUUCUAUCUUUUUCUAAUCAAAAUUGCUUGCUCAAUUAGUGUGUUGUUUUUUCAUAUAUAGUGAUAAUAUUAUAAUUUGCAUGGAUCAGUUUAUGACUAAUGGAGGGAAAUGGUUA